AUGGAUGAUGAUUUUAUACAUGAUGUACCAGUUAUGGACGAUAUUGCUAUGGAUGAUGACCCUACUGGUGAUGAUGCUGACAUUGUUGAUGAAGAUAUCCUUACUCAGCCAUUUUCGGGAGGGCCAACUAAUCCAUCAAUCCUUAAAAGUUUUAAAAGUCAUGUUGCAGCCACUAUUUGGAAUGGUGUUGAAGAAAGGGAACCCUUGAAGUGUCAUAAUCACUCAUCUAAGAUUCAUUCAUGGCCGUGGUGGGAACAAGGCAACAACGGUACAUUUGUAAACAUUGUAGAGAUGUCAGAACUUGCACACUUAGCUCAUUACACAUACCGCUUUGUCAACAAAAUUGUAGUGUCCAGUUUUGUUGAGAGAUGGCAACCGGAGACAAACACCUUCUAUUUGAUUGUUGGAGAGAUGACUAUCACAUUGGAUGAUGUCGCCACUAUCCUAGGACUUGAACCUAAUUACCUUUUCAAUCUAGCAUGA